AUGGAUGCCUCGACCUUGCGUAAUAUAUCAUGGACGGAAUAUGCCAGCAGAGGUAAAGAUCGAUUUCCUAUGAUUAGCAAGGAAAAUAGCGAAGCUAUUUCGUCCCGUCUAUGUCGGGAAGAGAACAGUCACAAUUAUACGGUUCGCGAAACACUUCGGACCCCAAGUAGUUGUGAUUAUAACUCAAAUGAAAUCUCUCUGGAACGGCGAACUAACCGGAAAAUUCCUGAGACUGCAGGUCUAGCAAAUAAAACUGAUGAACCAAAUGUUGAUCGGCAAUGUGGAGUCUGGAUGAAAGAUCGAAAGGCAAAAUGUCGAAAUUCUCUAAACUGCAAAUUGCAUCCUAUAUCUCUAAGGAGAAAUGUUAAGGGUCGUACUAAGGCGUUUGAUCGCCUUCUAACCGAGCACAAAGAGCGGAUACAAUCUGAAAGGGCUUCGGGCACUAUUGAAAGCAAUUUAUUAAUCAAGCAAAGCGGGCAGCCUGAAGAGACUGCUGCCAUUAAAGGUGUCAGCGAAAAUGAAUUUCAUUUAAAAAAUAGCGGUGAUGAAGACUCCUUUGAUUUUCGUUACAGAAAAUUUCAUCCGAUACCUGCAGCUGUAAAUCAUUUUUUAAUUGCAAUAUUUAGCGUAUAA